UAUGUUGUUUAUGUUUUUCUUUUCUCUCUCACACACACUACACCUUUUUUUCACACACUUAUUUUUUAUUUUUUGGUAUUUUAUAAACCCUAGAUGUUUAAGUAGGUGCACUCUCACAACCCUACUGGUUCCGUGAACUGUGAGAUUAUUAUUAAUUAAAAUUUAAAUUUAAAACCCUUUUUGUUUCUUCAUUUUUUCUGGAUAUGGAUUUGAGUCAAAAAAUAUUGGAGAAUUUUGGGUUUGGAAGAUGUCUGGUUUUUUCUCACUAGGUGGGGCGUUUGGGAUCAGUAGCAAAGAUAACCAAGAACAUGUUGAAAAUCAAAAUCAAAAUCAAGAGCAAGAGCAAGAAGAUAGUGUAAUCACACCAAAUAGUUUAUAUUUGUUCAAAAACGAGGAGAUCUACAACAAAGGGUUCGAGCUAUGGCAACAAUAUUACCAGCUUCACCAGCACCGACUCCAGCAAUCACCCGCUCCCUCGCAUUAUGAUCUAGGAGGCACGGGUGGUUGUGUUGGGAGUAGGAGGAAGGUUAGUGCUAUAGGUGUUGAGGAUAUCUGCCUCAACACCAAUAGCAGUAACAAUAACAGUAAUAGUAAUAGUAAAAGUAAUAGUAAUUUGUACGCGUCUUCGUGGAGAGUGAUGAGGCAAGGUGGGUACGGGGGGAUCGGAGGAGUCGGGGAUCACAGUGGGAACAGCGUAAACUGUCAAGACUGCGGGAACCAAGCAAAGAAAGAUUGUCAACACAUGCGGUGCAGAACUUGCUGUAAAAGCCGAGGGUUUCAGUGUCAAACACACGUGAAAAGCACGUGGGUUCCCGCCGCGAAACGGCGGGAACGCCAACAGCAACUCGGGUUGUUGACUCAGCAACAACAACACGAGUUGGGUAAUCAGCAGCUGAGUUUGAUGAUGAGAGGUAGUGGUAGUGGUGUUGAUCAGAAUCCGAAAAGAUUCCGGGAAGAUCAGCAGCUUGUCGCCGCUGCAGGAGGUGGUGGUGGUAGUGGUGGUGGGGUGGUGGCAAAUUUGUCAACUACAAUUAAUCAUAACACAGCUAUAGAAAUGGGUCAUUUCCCGGCAGAAGUGAGUUCUCCGGCGGUAUUCCGGUGCGUUAGAGUGAGUGCAAUGGACGAGGCAGAGGAGCAGCUGGCUUACCAGACCGCGGUUAACAUUGGGGGGCAUGUUUUCAAAGGGAUUCUCUAUGACCAUGGUGUUGAGGGUCGAUACAACCACCCUGCUGGUGGAGACAGCUCCUCCGCUGGAGGUGAUGGAGCGAGCGGUCAACAUCAACAACUCAACCUCAUCACCUCUGGCACCAUGGGAGCUGUCGCCACCACCAGCGGGGAACCAAAUGUCACUUCUAUUGAUGUUUCCACCAUAUAUCCAACUCCACUCAAUGCUUUCAUGGCUGGUACACAAUUCUUCCCACCACCAAGAUCUUGAAAAAUUGGUACUUUAAUUUACAUGUGCAUUUGCAUGCUUUGAUGUUAAUGAUCAUCACACAUUGAUUAUGUAGCUGCUGUUAGUAUCAAACAAACAAAAUGUAAGAAAAUGUGACAGACUUGUGAUGAACCAUUAUGGCUAUUUUAUGAUUAAAACAAUGUUAUUUGAUUCAA